AUGUCGACUUCCUUGUUGAAGAAAAGUUUACGAUUGUUUGAGGACGACGAAAAGCGAGAGAAAUCUGUGAAAAAGAAACCGUCGCAAAGAAAAGCUGAACGUGUUAUCCGCAAGUCGUCUACAGCUGUUAAGAAGCAAGCUACUCUAAAAGACAGGAAAGUUAAAUCAGCAAUUGAACUAUUUGUCAAGAAACAUCCCAAGCAAGAUAGAACACUUGAAAAUCUGGCCUUACUUGAAAAGCUAUCACAUAAGAAGACCAUCACUGAGGAGUCAGCCAACAAGAUAUUUUCUUAUCAACUGAGAAAGCAACAUAAAGCCAUUGAAAAGACACCCAAAAAGAAAGACAACUCCACUGUUUUUACUGAAGAAGAUUUUCUUAAGUUUGAACAAGAAUACUUUGUGAAGGCUUAA